CGAGAGAAGAAGAGCAGCGGUGGUCGAGCGAGCUAGAGAGUGAAUGAAGAGAGCGAGCAGUGGUAGCGAGAAACCCUGUGAAUGAGACGAUAAAACGUAAUCUUCUGAUUGUCUCACGGCGGUCACAAAUAAAUACACCACACUUCCACACAACCCUGCGGAGGAGCGCCGCAACCCCUGAUUUGGUCUGAAUAGUGUGCGAGCUCAAGCAAAGUUGCACCCUCUCAAAACCUGACAGUUCAGUUUAGGCUAUCUAGACUUUUCUCUGACUGCAGGAGCUACAGAAAGAGGGAGAAGGAAAAUACAAAUAAUGGAAUUACAGUUUGGAAAAACACACACUCACUGUCAGUAUUACUUGCUGACCUGUGAUGGCUCUUGUUUCUUUGUCAUUCAACAUUUCCUUUCUCUCACCUCACUCAAAAACACACACGAGUUUCAGUAAAGAAGGGGGAGGAGGAAAGAGGGAGGGACAGGUGAAAUUAUCCUAUCUAUUCAGACACCAUUUUGAAGUCAACACAGCGGAAGGAGGGAAACAGCAAGUCUAAGGAAAGGUGAGUGUUGAUAUUAAAGCUACAAAUGAUUAGUCAUUAUUGAUCAAUCUGCUGAUCAUUUUUAUGAUUAAUUGUUCAGCUGAUUAAACUGUCAGAAAAAUACCCACGCAAUAUGAAAUCACAAGUGCUGACAUCUUCAAAUGUUUCCUUUUUCCUUUUCCUGGUUUCUGUGUGUUCACAGCAAUACAACGUAGCAAACUGGUGCAGUAAAAAUAGAGAAAAGCCGCAGUUAAGAACAACACAGAUGUUUAUCUGAAGUCUAUUUGAUGGAUUUAAAAAGUGUAUUCUUGUGAUGGCUAGAAAACACACAUGGUUGUAGUUAAAGUAAUGUAAACGAAUAAGAAGCUACUAACUUGAGAGGUUGGACCGGUAUUAUUAUACCGUGUAUGUGUGUCUGUCUCCAGUGUUACUGGUUUACCUGUCAGACUCCAGAAGAUGAGUGAUUCAGAGGAGGAGAAGGACAAAGCAGAGUCUGUAACAUCUGGCUAUCUGUCUAUGAAGAGUGACUUGUCUAAAAAUGAUCCUCCAGACUUCAGUAAUGAACCUGGACCCUCAGACUCAAAACAGAGAGCAGAGUCUCCAGUAUUCAGCUGUCUGUCUAUGAAGAGUGACCAGUCCAAAGAAGAUCCUCCAUGCUCCAGUAAUGAACCUCGACCCUCAAACACCAAAGAGAGGAAGAGGAGAGGUUUAUCUAUGGAAGAGCAGCUGUCCUGCUGUUCUUUGUGUCAGGACGUCCUGAAAGAUCUAGUCUCUUACAGGUGUGGACACUGGUUCUGCAGACAGUGUAUCACCUCAUACUGGGAUAAGUCUGCUUCAUCAGGAGACUUCUCCUGUCCCCAGUGUGGAAAAAGGUCCAAAACAAGACAGACAGACAUUCAGACCAGCACUGCACAAAUAGACCGUGAUCUGCUGGAGGUUUUAGAUGAACAUAAGAUCAAUCUGAAGAAGAGAUGUGAAUGUGUGACUGAAGGAACUGAUGGAGCAGGAAGUAGAACCCUCCUCGACAGGAUCUACACUGAGCUAUACAUCACAGAGGGACAGAGUGAAGACGUUAAUACCCAACAUGAGGUUAGGCAGCUUGAGACAGCUUCCAAGAUGAGGACUCUCCAUGACACUCCAAUCAAGUGUCACGACAUCUUUAAAGUCUUAUCAGCCAAAAAGAAAGGCAUCAUCAGAGUCGUUCUGACAAAUGGCGUUGCUGGCGUUGGAAAAACAUUCUCUGUGCAGAAGUUCACUCUGGACUGGGCAAGGGGCUUGAAAACCAAAGAUAUCAAUCUGGUGAUUCUACUUUCAUUCAGGGAGCUGAACUUGGUCAAAGAUGAGCAGUACAGCCUCCUCAUGCUGAUCCAUGUUUUCCAUCAAACAUUACUGAAGGUCACAGCAGAGAAUCUUGCUAUCUGUAAAGUUUUGUUCAUCCUCGACGGCCUGGAUGAAAGCAGACUUUCAUUGGAUUUCAAGAACAAGAAGGUUGUGUCUGAUGUCACACAGAAGUCAUCAGUCAACGUGCUGUUGACAAACCUCAUCGAGGGGAAGCUGCUUCCCUCAGCUCUUGUCUGGAUAACUUCUCGACCUGCAGCAGCCAGUCAGAUCCCUCCCACAUGUGUUGACAGGGUAACAGAAGUACGAGGCUUCACUGACAUCCAGAAGGAGAAGUACUUCAGAAAGAGAUUCAGUGAUGAAGAGCGAUCCAACGGAAUCAUCUCACACAUCAAGAAAUCCAGGAGCCUCUACAUCAUGUGUCACAUCCCAGUCUUCUGCUGGAUCACUGCUACAGUUUUGGAGCACAUGUUUACUACAGACCAGAGAGGAGAGCUGCCCAAGACCUUGACUGACAUGUAUUCAUACUUCCUGCUGGUUCAGACAAAGAGGAAGAAGCACAAGUAUGAUGAGGGACAUGAGACGAGUCCACAGGAGCUGACAGAGGCUGACAGGGAAGUUCUUCUGAAGCUGGGAAGGCUGGCAUUUGAAAAUCUGGAGAAGGGAAACAUCAUGUUCUACCAAGAAGACCUGGAGCAGUGUGGUCUUGAUGUCACAGAGGCCUCAGUGUUGUCAGGAGUUUGUACAGAGAUCUUCAAAAGAGAGAGUGUGAUCUUCCAGAAAACAGUCUACUGCUUUGUUCAUCUGAGCGUUCAAGAGUUUCUGGCUGCAGUCUACUUGUACCACUGUUACACCAGCAGCAACACAGAGGUACUGGAGGACUUCCUGAAAGAUGUGGAGGAUGAAGAAGAUGAUGAUGAUUAUGAUGAAGAUGAUUAUUAUGACUUUGUUGAUUAUGAAGAGGAUGAUGACAGUGAUGAUGAUGAUGAUGACAGAGAAGAAAAGCAUUUCCCAUUUCUCGAUGACUUCCUGAGGAGAGCCAUGGAUAAAUCUCUCAGAAGUGAAAAUGGCCACCUGGACCUGUUUGUUCGCUUCCUUCAUGGCCUCUCUCUGGAGUCCAACCAGAGACUCUUAGGAGGCCUGCUGGGUCAGACAGAGAACAGUCCAGAAAUCAUCCAGAGAGUCAUCAACAACCUGAAGGAGAUGAACACCCACAGUAUCUCUCCUGACAGAAGCAUCAACAUCUUCCACUGUCUGAUGGAGAUGAACGACCGCUCAGUACAUCAGGAGAUUCAAGAGUUCCUGAAGGCAGAGAACAGAUCAGAGAAGGAACUCUCUGAUAUCCACUGCUCGGCUUUGGCCUACAUACUGCAGAUGUCAGAGGAGGUUCUGAAUGAGUUGGACCUGAAGAAAUAUAACACAUCAGAGGAGGGACGACGGAGACUGAUCCCAGCUGUGAGGAACUGCAAAAACGCUCAACUUUCUGGGUGUGGACUCUCAGAGACUCACUGUGAAGUUGUGGCCUCAGCUCUGAAAUCCAACCCCUCCCAUCUGAGAGAGCUGGAUCUGAGCUACAACAAAAUUCAGGAUUCAGGAACCCUGUUCACACCUGGCAUUAACAUGCAUCUUGGAUUGAGUGGCUGCAGUUUGUCAGAGAUCAGCUGUGAUUCUCUGGCCUCAGCUCUGAAGUCCAAUCCCUGCUAUCUGAGAGAGCUGGAUCUGAACUACAACAAGCUUGAAGAUUCAGGAGUGAGGCUGCUGUGUGAUUUUCUGGAGAGUCCACACUGUAGACUGGAGACUCUGAGAUUAAGUCAUUGCAGUUUGUCAGAGACCAGCUGUGCUUCUCUGGCCUCAGCUCUGAAGUCCAACCCCUCCCAUCUGAAAAAGCUGGAGCUGAGUAACAAUGAGCUGCAGGAUUCGGGAGUGAAGCUGCUGUGUGAUUUUCUGGAGAGUCCACACUGUAGACUGGAGACUCUGAGAUUGAGUUUCUGCAGGUUGUCAGAGAUCGGCUGUGUUUCUCUGGCCUUAGCUCUGAAGUCCAACCCCUCCCAUCUGAGAGAGCUGGAGCUGAGUAACAACAUCCUUCAGAAUUCAGGAGUGAAGCUGAUGUGUGAUUUUCUGGAGAGUUCACACUGUAGACUGGAGACUCUUGGAUUGAGUCGCUGCUGGUUGUCAGAGACCAGCUGUGCUUCUCUGGCCUCAGCUUUGAAGUCCAACCCCUCCCAUCUGAGAAAGCUGGAGCUGAGUGACAAUGAGCUGCAGGAUUCAGGAGUGAAGCUGUUGUGUGAUUUUCUGGAGAGUCCACACUGUAGACUGGAGACUCUGAGAUUGAGUUUCUGCAGGUUGUCAGAGAUCGGCUGUGCUUCUCUGGUCUCAGCUCUGAAGUCCAACCCCUCCCAUCUGAGAGAGCUGGAGCUGAGUGACAACAACCUGAAGGAUUCAGGAGUGAAGCUGCUGUGUGAUUUUCUGGAGAGUCCACACUGUAGACUGGAGACUCUGGGAUUGAGUAGCUGUAGUUUGUCAGAGAUCAGCUGUGCUUCUCUGGCCUCAGCUCUGAAGUCUAUCCCCUCCCAUCUGAGAGAGCUGGAUGUGAGUGACAACAAGCUUCAGGAUUCAGGAGUAAAGCUGCUGCAUGAUUUUCUGGAGAGUCCACAUUGGAGAUUGGAGACUCUGAGGUUCUCUGAAGGUUCACCCAUCACAUGGACUGGAAACCAGAAGAUGAGUGGUUUUGUGGAGGAAGAGGACAUAUCAGAGGCUACGGUAUCCACCUGUGUGUCCAAACAUCAUCCUCCAGACUUCAGUGAUGAUGCUGGACCCUCAGACUUUAAGGUGGAGGACAGACGAAACAGUGCUACACCUGAAAGACAUAAAGGAUAUCCGUCCACAUCCAACCCACCACUCAAUGUGUUUGAGGACACCAGAGAGGAUCAGCUGUAUCCUGAUGACCCAGAGAGGUUGAAGCAGCAGCAGCAGCAGCUUGUGUGCAGAAAGAAUCUGACUGGGACAAGUUACUGUCAGGACUUCACACCCAAAAUGCUGACGGAGUCUGCAAACAUUUCAUACAGCUUCAGGUGUCCUGGUCCAGGUGUAUUCCGGUGUACUUUGACUGGACUGGUGUUUGUUACGGUUCAGGAGGCGGAGCUGCUGUACUGGACUGUCCAAUGGGAUGAGAGCCUCCUACAACUAGCUGGCAAGAUGGCUGCAGGGCCACUGUUCAACAUCCAGAAUCCUGAUGGUGCUGUCAGUCAGCUCCACCUGCCACACUGUGAAACCAUGGAUGCUCCACUCCCUGAAGGUGUGCUGUCUGUCGUCCACAUCACUAGUGAUGGAAUGAGCAUCGUGGAGAUGCUGGAGAUUACAGACACUCAUGUGGUUGUGAACGUCCCUCACUUCUCUCUCUUUGGUCUGGUCUUGGAUCGUAUUAAGAGGCUUCUGAACAUCACAAUGCCAAUUAGUGGCCAAGUUCUGCUGUUUCUCCGACCACCAAACCCCAAAACAAAGAGGCAGUAUCUCGAGGUGUUUCUCUUGCCAAGGAACAUCCCUCUGCAAGAGGUGAUUGCACAACAGCAAAAUACUGACUACAUCAAGGCCCCUCCCAAAUGUACACUCAUCAAAGAUCAAAGUUACAACAUUCUCUGUCCUGAGGCCUUUAAAAUACAGCCUAAAAAAGCAGAUUUUGACCUGGAGUUUGGACCAAAUUACUACCCAACGUUUGAGAUUCGCUUGCCUACAAACACAGAUGAAGUGACUUUAAAGGUCCAGGACCAAAAAAAUACAGAGGUCUGGGAGCAUGAAGUGGAUCUGACUGAUCCUACUGCAAGAAGAGAAAAUCUAGCGAGGACUCAGAGUCGCUCACCGAGUGACAGGUUGCUCUCAGUUCGGACACAGUUUGUUGAAAGAGUCUCUGAUCAAACUCUGAACCGGCUGCUGGAUCAUCUUUUGCAACGGGGUUUUAUCAGCGAAGAAGAAAUGGAGUCAGCCAGAGCAAAAUCCAGGGCUGACAAGGCUCGAGACGUAAUAGACAUGGUGAGAAACAAAGGAGCAGAAGCCAGUUCAUUCUUGAUUACUAACUUGCGCAAGUUGGAUGCACACUUUUCCAAAACCCUGGACUUGAGCUGAAGUAGGAAUGAGACUUAGAAUAUGAGUUACCAAAGCAACAACAAUGGAAAGACCAUGUCACAGGUCUCACAUUAGUACUGAGAGGACAUGAAUAUAUAUAACAUGAAGAGAAAGGCCUGUGAUCCUUAGUAACUCAAAAAAGAUCUCAAUUAUUGUAAGAUAAUCUUUAGAAUGUGUUGGACACUAAGCUCCACAGGGUGAAGCUGAAGGAUCACUGACUGCGGAGGGCACUCUUUUUCACGUCCUGUGAGCUGCACCAGAGGUCAAGACCUCUGCUGUCAGUUAUAUGAAAACACCGAGAGAGUAGUAGGUCAAGAGGCACAGUUCUGCCCAAGGUUCUACGCAUUCAGAAACCCCUCUCCCACUAAAGAUCUGUCUACUACUGGUUUCAGAUUGAAUCAGAUGCCAAAGAAAGUGUUGGCACAAGAGGAGAAUCCAGUUUGACCCUGAUGAAGGCCACAAGCUGAAACAUGUUAGUCUCAAAAUUUAGCCUUUCUUUAUACUGAAAGUGAUGAUGGUGUCUUUACCAUGACUGUCCCAUUCAAAUUAUCCAGGAGUUUAAAUGGAAAUGGACCAAUGUGGACUUUUUCUUUCAAUCUUGCCAGGAUGCUGAUGAACUGAAAGAUACUAUUAGAUUGUAUAUUAAAUUCUGUGUCCGGAACUAAAACUGAAAAUGUUCCCAAAAUAAGUCCUGGCUAUCAAAAGGGCUGAAAAGCUCUCUCUGUAUUGUAUUUAAGAAGUCCUUCAUCCCAAAUAUCCCAAAGAGCCAUCAGUAUUCUUAAUUCUGCAAAGUGACUAAUGAUAUUUAAGCCACAGACAUGAACUGUUUUCAAUGUUUUUAAUGUAUAAUAUGACCUUGUCUCUUUGUUACACUGACUGUCACUUUCUUGAAUUGUAGUAGUGCAUCUUCAUGUUUUGCCAAAGACCAUUUUCCACUCUGGUGGACGAUAAAGGUUAUAUUCUAAAGUAAUAGAAAGAUACUUCUUGACAUCACAGAUGUGUUGCUCAUUAUAUCUGCUGCCUUUUGAUUUGUGUUUUUGUUUUGUAUUGUACAGUAUACAUAUAUAUAUAUAUAUAUAUUUCUAAUGUGCUUAAAGAUGGGUAAAUGUCAUGGCAGCUGGAAAUAAAAUAUAAGUUCCCAAACAAAAAAAACUUGAAAAAUCUACCUGUGCAGGAAGAAAAUUCCAGCCUGUUUCCAGUAGAAAUUAUCUUUGAGUGAGUGUAACUUGAAACAAGAAAGAAGGCAGCUGUCGUUGUCACUUGUUUUACAAAAACAAGACUUUAAGGACUCAAUUACAAACAGAAAUAAGUUGAUAAUUUUUUUCUUGCAAUUUACUGUCUGAUCUUUGAUUGAUGUUCAGUUCUCUUUUUUG